AUGGCGCUGCAGGCGCUGGCGGCGAGCUCCGGCUUUGCGAGGGCCUUUGAGCACGCCCUCAACACCCACGCCGCCACGCGCUCCGCAGCCACCGCGCCGCUCUCCCAGCUGCCCGCCGCCUUUGCCGCCGUCGACCUGGGCCCCGUGCUGAGCGAGGCCGCUGCCUUUGCCGCCAUCACCAGCGCCGACGGCAUCCAGCGCUUCCUGGUGGCGCCGGAGCGAGGCGUGCGGGCCCUGGUCCGCGACGCGCUGCAGCUGUACAGUGCGCCAAUGGAGCAGGCGGCUGGCGCGGUGCGCGACGCGCUGCUGGCUGCGGUGGAGCUGGCCGCGGGCACAGGGCUGGGCCCAGGGGUGCCAGACUCCCUGCGAGAGCAGGUUUCGGACCUGGCCGCCAACAGCAUUCGAGGCUGGCAUGGCGAGGCACACAAGCAGCUGGCGUGGCUGCUGGUGGCGGAGCAGAGCUGCCCAGAGGUGGCACGCUUUGCCGACCUGCGCCAGCGCCUGCUGCACCUCCUGGCAAGCCCAGCCGAUGGUGGCGGGCUGGCGCUGGAGCCGCAGCCGGCCGCAGCAGGAAUCAAGUCGGACGCGGCGCCUGCCCAGGAGCAGGGAGCCCAGCAGCCACUCAAGGCUGUGGCUGCCGGCACAGGCGAGGCACACUUUUUCAUGGGAGAGCUCCUCAAAAGAUCCAGCAAAGGAGCCUGGCAGCGCCGUUGGGUGGUGCUGGACGGCGAGGCCCAAGCCCUGCACUACCUGCACAGCCCGGGCGACAAGCCGGCCAGGGCAUUCAGCCUGCGGGGCGCUGUAGUGAUGCGGGAUGUGCCAGCCCCAGGCGCUGCUGACAGGAAGGAGGCCCUCACUUUCCAGCUGCGUGUGGAAGGCGGCGACUCACUCACUCUGCGGGCCAGCUCCCAGGCAGCCAAGCAGGCGUGGCUGGAGCACCUGGAGGCUGCGGUGGCAGGCGGCAGAGGCGCCCAGAGCAUCUCCACCGUGGCGGUGCCCGCCCACCCGCCCGCACUCAAAAUGAGCGCCAGCACCAGCAGCACUGAGGAUGGCAGCGAGGCAGCAGCGCCAGUGCCCCGCAAGAUCAGCACUACCGUUUUCCAGGACGAGAAAGAGAUGGCGGCAGGCAGCGAGGCUGUGCCAGAAGAUGAGCCGGCGCCGGAGCGGGAGCGGGUGGCAGCAGAGGAGGUGCUGCUGGCAGCCAUUGCCGCACAGGCGGCCAAGCGCCAGCCCACAGCUCAGGAGGCGGCUGUGCUUCGGGAGGUGGUGGCAGUGGUGGAGGGGUAUGUGCGGGAGGCAGGCGCCAGGCUGCAAGGCCUGACCCAGCGAGUGGUCAGCUCCGGCUUGCUGCUCGAGAGGGCGUCCGUGCUGAGACAGGACCUCCUGAGGAUCCUGCUGGAGCCUGGCGCCGCCCCGCCGUGCGUCGACUGA